AAAGUGCUCCGAUCCUGCAAGUCCAUAAACAGCUCUGAACGCCCAUUGGACACGGGCUGCUCUCUGGGAGGAGCACUCACACAGCCAAAAAGCCAGAAUUAUAUUUUCGGUCCAAAAGGUUUCUCUGAAGUGACGGAAAGUGCGGGAAGUUCAUAAGUUUGUCUCUUUUCAAUGACUGCUACACGUUUCAGGGUUUUUGAACGCAACACACGACUGACAAUCCCGCGCAGGUUAUCUACUGACUACAGGUUUCUAAAAACAGCAAAUCCAAAACAACUGAAGAAAGAGCGGACACUGUGAGCCUUUGGAUGAUUUGAGUAAAACUAGAACGCGAUACGGAGAAGAGCUGGGAGAACUUUAGCCAAGUCCGCUCCCUAGUACCGUGAAGUGAGGGGCACAAUGCACGCGCGCUACCCCGCGUCCAGCCCCAGUUCUCUGGGAGUUGUUCCCUACAUCGCGGGCGAGCAGGGGUACUACCGGGCUGCCAACGGCACUGGCUAUACCGGCAUCCCGGCGCCAAUGAGCAUGUACUCUCACGCAGCGCACGAGCAGUACCCCGGAGGCAUGGCUCGCGCCUAUGGCCCCUACGCGGCCACUCAACAGCCCAAGGAGAUGGUCAAGCCUCCAUACAGCUACAUCGCACUGAUAACGAUGGCCAUCCAAAAUUCGGCGGAUAAAAGGGUCACGCUGAACGGGAUCUACCAAUUCAUCAUGGAGCGCUUCCCGUUUUAUCGGGAGAACAAGCAAGGCUGGCAGAACAGCAUUCGCCACAACCUGUCGCUCAACGAGUGCUUCAUCAAAGUGCCGCGCGACGACAAGAAGCCGGGGAAAGGCAGCUACUGGACUCUCGACCCGGACUCUUACAACAUGUUCGAAAACGGCAGCUUCCUGCGUCGGCGGCGCCGCUUCAAGAAGAAGGACGCACUGAAGGACAGAGAGGAGCGCGAUCUCCAAGGCAAGGAGGCCCGGGCCCAGGCUCGCGACGCUCAGCAGCCAGUCAAACUCCGGGACAUAAAGACGGAGAACGGAGCUUGCACGCCCCCGCGCUCCGGCACCCCAACCCUCGGUUCCGUGACUAAAACCGAAAGCCCGGACAGCAGCAGUGUGGCCGCGUGCGACGGGAGCCCACAGACGCAAAGCACACAGCAGGCCUUUAGCAUGGAUAACAUAAUCGCAGGGCUACGUGGGUCACCGCCGCAGGCUGCCGAGUUGCCCGCCUCGCGCGCUGCUUUACCGAGCUCGGUGCCUCUUACUUACUCGCCCCAAACACAGCCGGCGCACUACAGUCCUCCCUGCGGCCAGCCGGCCGUCUACCAGUGCGACAUGUAUGCUGGUGACCGCGGGCACGGGAACGAAGCCUUACCGGAUUACACGAGCGCAACAAGCGCAGCCGCGUCCUCUCACGCGACCCUGAGCUCGAGCCAAGAGAACCAGCACGUGCAACAGAGUCGGCUCGCGCCGUGGUACCUCAAUCAGAGCGCAGAAGUGGCGCAGCUAGGCGCGAGCUACGGAACACAACAACCAAGCUUUCAUGCGGCGUUCGAGGCACAGCGGCUCGCGCUCAACUCCUCACCGGCGGCCGGAAGCGACGGAGGCUGUCAGACACCUUUCUCUGCCAGUCAGCCUCUGUAUCGGGCCUCGGGAACUUUCGUCUACGACUGUAGCAAGUUCUGACCAAAUAUCACACGAGCCAAAACGCACACUUAAUUUGGCCCUCAGACUUGCAUUUCAAUCCCAGUUUAAAUAAUUUAAUGCACAGCUUUGAGCCAAAGAGCGGUGAGUACAGGAGGCUGAAGCAACUCCGGACUGCAAGGCCUGAAAAGGCGUGUGAGAUUGCGUUUUUCCGGACUCGCCUCAGUAGGACUUUAUAUCACUAGAUUAAUUUAUUUCAUUAAGAAUUAGAUGGACCAACUUUCAACCAAAUGUUAAUCUUAUUUAUAUGAUACAAAACGGAACCUAACUGUGUACAAAAUCUGCGAUUUUUUUAAAAUACUCGAAAUAUAUUAUUUGUUAAAUAAAUUCCUUUCCUGUCUGAGUAAAACGAGCGAGUGAUUUCUCGGGUUUGCUUUCUUACAACCUGCAGUACCGCGCCGAAAAGGUUGUACUGUGCACAGAUCAUGUUUUACACGAUUUAUAAAUCUCAGGUUUCAGGCCUGUUAUCAGCUGUCAGUCUCACCAUCACAACCAGCGAGACAAAUGUGACAGAAACAGAAGCGUUAUUCCUUUUAUUAAUUAUUAUUUUACAUAAAGUCAUAGCACCAGCCCAAAACUCAUCAGAAAGCAGCGGGGGAUUUACAGCACAAGUGAACUAUUAUUAUUAUUAUCAUUAUUAUUAUUAUUAUUAUUAGAUUUAUGUAGACACGUUUAUAUGAGUGGGCCUUACUCUUAUUAUUACUACGACUAUCACCACCAGCACCAAUAAUAAUAAUAAUAAUAAUAAUAAUAAUAAUAAUAAUAAUAAUAUCUCACUAGAACAAUUCGUUUCAUUGGUAUUCUUUAUAUAUUUCAUAGGGACUAAAGAAAUUUCCCAGGCCCAAUUUCCAAGACCCCAAAAUAAUUUUGAUGAUGGUGUGACUCGCUAAGGUGAAGCUCCAGUGUCACUUCCAGCCUCCAAGAUCCAAAUGUGCACGCAAAGCGUAAAAAUGCGAAUUAACAUCUGUUUAAUAAUUAGCCAGGUGAAAGUAACGGUCAAACCUGCUCAGACUCGGGUUAACUCGGGUUAACUCGGGUUAAACCUAACAUUUUACGUUAUAUCCCAGGAAUUCCUGCUGAAUCAGCAAGCCAGCGCAUUUGUCUUAUGUGGGGACUGAAUGUAAUUAACCGGAUCAUAUGAGUGCGUUCAGGCUGGGGCUAUUUUUAGCAUCAUGGCCCGACACAGCUCACAGAUGCUCUGCGCCCUGUGGUCACAUCUGAACUUCAUUUUUGUGUUAUUUAACAAACUUUAAACAAGCCGUGACAUGUAAAAGUAGGCUGCGAUUACAUGCUAAGCACAUGUAAUUGGACAGCGUAAAUAGCGAAUGCAAUUCCGUUAUAUCCUACUGCACAAAAACCCCACUGUGGCUCACACACACGGCGUCACGCGCGCUUUCUGCCUCAGUGCGCACGUGCACAUUUGGAUGCUGAUAAGUCGUGUAAUCGGCCACUUGGUUUAUGGAGAGGUUUCGCGAUGAGCUGCAUUUAUGAGACACACGAAAGAAAGAAAGAACAGGAAAGAAUGAUUCAACUGAGUGCAUUGUGUUUGGUUUUGUCUGUUUGUUUGUUUCACGUGUUUGCACAGACUAAAUCCCAAAUGCAGUGCAGGUGAGCGAGAGGGCAGAGCUGAGGGCUCGUGCAGUGAGCAGUGGCUUUGUUGGGAUCGUUUGGGGGUUUGAGGCCUGAGUUAAGCGCGAGGUGAACACGACACCGUGGACAGAGCUCUCCGGGAUUAACGUGCCAAACAUGCACGGCCUGUAGAGCAAUGCAACCUCAUGACGUGUCCACAUUUUUCAUUUUAAUUUAUAGAAUAAUUUAUAGAAAUUAAAUUUCAGCAUUAGUCUGAUUGCUAGUUUAGAAAAUAAAACAUUUAAAUGGAGCCGAUCAAGGAGCCGAAAACCAUCAUGCAGAGACAUAACGCGCAGUAUAACAAUAGUUACAUUAAUUUUAUUUUAUAAAAAAUUAUUCUUAUGAUUUAAAAAAAACAUCACCACCUCCAGAUUAUUUUCUGACGUUAGACCAGCUGUGUGUGCAUCUUCCUGUGGUUCAGUCAGUACAGAGAGUACAGAAACACAGCCAGGGUAACUGCACAGUAUCCUGUAAAGCUUAUGUUCAGAAGUUAAUGGAGUAAAUUAUUACUAUUAUUAUUUAUUAAAAAAAAAAAUCCGGCUGAGAAAGCAACCACUGGCUUUUUGCAGUAGGCCUUAGUGUUGAGCAGCUGUUAAGCCGAGCUGCUGUGGGAGAGGUGAACACUGCAGUGGGCUCUGUGCUCACAGCUGCUCUUAAACUGCAGCACCUACACCUGAAAACCUAGCUGGAGAGGAGGCUAUCAUCCACUCCUUCCUCCUAAUCACACUCUCUGAGGUGGCACAGCUGGCUGCAAAAAGAUAAAACAAGUGGCUAUUCACUACAGUCGUAAAAUAAUAAUAAUAAUAAUAAUAAUAAUAAUAAUAAUAACGGUUUAGUCAUGAAUUUCGAUUUAAAAGCUGCUGGUUAUAAUUUCACCCACAACUAAUAAACACGCACAGACACACAGAUAGACAGACAGACGGAUAGAUAGAUGGAUAAAUUAAUAAAUAUGCAUGUUAUCUAAAAAUAAUAAACUGAUCCAAGGGGGUAUGUCAUGUUUCAGUGUAUAUAUAUAUAUAUAUUUUCACUUAUAUUAAAUAUUACGCGGUUAAGAAAUGAGAAGUGAUGCAGCGGCUGAAACUGUAAAAAUGAUCUAAAAUCAACAAACCAGUGCGAAAAGAAAGAUUACAUUUAAGUUGAUAUCGAAGUCGAAAUGAUGCGAGCUCUAAUCACAGAGAAACCGCUGGCAGAGGAUUUGUUAACUGAUCUGAGAAAGGAGUGAUCUGAGUAAGCGCUCAGCUGAUACAGUUGGACUUAGUUAGAACUGAGCUUAAUUAACACCAGGGCUUUAGGCUCUCUUUAAAUAAACUCCAGCACAAGCGCUGUGGUACAUGUGGCAUCAGGAGAGAAACCUUUCAACCUGAAUAAUCCGCCUGGCGCCUUAGAGAACGCAAAAUAAAUAAAUAAAUAAAUAAAUAAAUAAA